GACAAAUGUGAAAUGCCCUUCAACUACAAUUGGAUUCAUCUGUUAUUAAAAUACAAACAAGAAACAACAAUAAAAUAAAAUACUUUUUUUUUUAAGAAAAACACAAACAGAAAAAUCUACAGGGUGUGAAAAUUUGACAAAGAGUAACACAAAGACAAGGACCCAUAGCAGAAAAUAAAACAAAAAAACCCCAAAAAAAAGUUUGCAGAGAGAGAAAAAAUCGAGUGAGAAGGGGAGAAUCGAGACAGAUUGCUGAUAUUUGAUUGCUGAUGAUGAGUUUGAAUACCGAAUCUUCAAUUUAAUGAUAAAAAAAAAAAGAGGGGUAAAAAAAAUUCCAUUUUUCCAGAUUCCAAGUUCCUGCUUUUUCGAAAAAAAAUCAAGAUUCGAUUUGUUUACAAUAAUUUGUGUUUUUUUCAAUCAAACCCAUGUCCAAGAAUCUGAUUUUUAGCUUGCCCAUUUGAGGAAAUUGAUCAAAAAUUUGGGAAAAAUUUUGUGGGUUGAUGAACCUUUGUGGGUUUGUUUGUGUUUUAAUUUUGGGGGUUUAGUUUGAGUUGUAAAGUUUGUAGGGGGUGAUUGAAUGGGUGAUUUUAGGGAACAAAACGGUGUCGUUUUGGAAGAAUCACCAUCAUCAUGUUCUUCUUGUUCUAUCUCCUCUUUUAGCCCGGAAGUGUGGGCCCAGGCUGAGCAGGCAACCCAUGAAAUUAUCAAGCAGGUUCAACCUACCGUUGUUUCUGAGGAGAGGAGAGGAGAUGUUAUUGAUUAUGUUAAGAGACUUCUUAAAGGGUAUCUUGGUUGUGAGAUUUUCCCUUUUGGAUCCGUACCAUUGAAGACUUAUCUUCCUGAUGGAGACAUUGAUCUUACUGCAUUUUGUGGUUUUGAGGUCGAGGAAGCAUUUGCAAAUGAUGUAUUUGCUGUUCUGGAGGCAGAAGAUCAUAACCCUGCUGCUGAAUUUGUUGUAAAGGAUGUGCAAUAUAUACGUGCUGAGGUUAAACUAGUAAAAUGCCUGGUGCAGAAUAUCGUUGUAGACAUUUCGUUUAAUCAGAUAGGAGGAUUGUGCGCUCUUUGUUUUCUUGAAGAGGUUGAUCGUUUAAUUGGCAAAGAUCAUCUUUUUAAGCGAAGCAUUAUUUUAAUCAAGGCCUGGUGUUAUUAUGAGAGUCGUAUACUGGGUGCACAUCACAGUUUGAUAUCGACAUAUGCCUUAGAGACGCUGGUGUUGUAUAUUUUCCAUCUCUUCCAUUCAUCUUUAGGUGGUCCUUUGGAAGUUCUUCAUAAGUUUCUCGAAUACUUCAGCAAAUUUGAUUGGGAUAAUUUUUGUGUGAGCUUAAAUGGUCCGGUUCAUUUAUCCUCAUUACCCGAAUUUGUGGUUGAGAGACCCGAAAGCUGUGAUGGUGAUUUAUUGCUGAGUGAUGAUUUUAUGCGGGAAUGUGUGAGCAAAUUCUCUGUUCCUUCUCGAGGGAAUGAGACAAAUUACCGGACAUUUUUACGGAAGCAUCUUAAUAUAGUUGAUCCACUAAAAGAAAAUAACAACCUUGGUCGUAGUGUUAACAAAGGAAACUUCUUCCGCAUAAGGAGUGCUUUCUCAUAUGGAGCUCGAAAACUCGGUCAAAUACUGUUGCAGCCUCAAGAAAAUAUAGCUGAAGAAGUUUGUAACUUUUUUACAAACACACUGGCUAGACAUGGAAAAGGGCAGAGACCUGAUGUUCAGGACCUUCUGCCAACACCUGGGUGCAGCGGGUUUGUUCCCGAGAUUUUCAUUUCUGGACCCGAACCUAGUUUAGUUGAUAAUGGACACGAAGAAGCAUCUGUUGACUUCAGAGAACCAACCGUUUUGGAUGGAACUGAAGUUGAAAAUCAUAGAGAAGUAAACAGAUCACAUCCUUCUAGAAAUUCACCUGCAGCAAAUGACGAAUUCCCUGCUUCUCCUACCUGUCUUUCUGGGAAUGCAAUCGACCACGCAACGUACGGGGUACAGGAUCUUAGACUUGGAGAUCAUAGACAUAAUCCUUCCCCAUAUUUGGAAGAGGAUAGAAUAUCUCAAUUUCCUAAUUUAGAUCAUGAUCCUAAUAUAAAUCUUUCACGAUGCUUAGAGAACGGGAAGAUGGAAAAUGGAGAUUUAGAUCAUGGGGAACCCACAGAUUCUACGCAUUCGACUAUCAGAAGAAUAUGUCGGCCUCACACAUGUCAUGAUGGAAGCAAUUUGGCAUCCGAGGAGCAAGAAAAUGAUCGUUUAUGCAACCACUCGGACUCAAACUCUUGUUAUUCGUCCAAGAGUGUUGAUUCACACUACUUUCAAGACUCGCAUUCUAGUGGGCAUUCCUCUAAGCCUGCGGGAAGCUAUAAACCAGUGAUUCUCCUCCAUGAUCUCUCUGGGAAUGUUAAUUGCAAUCUUAAUAGUUUACGUUAUGGCAGGUUGUGGUAUGAUCAUGGGUUGCAAAUGACUAUCCCGCCCAUGCAUGUUACCUUGUCUCCAUUGUUCCGACCAAAGAAUCCAUGGGAUACAAUCCGGCAGUCGAUGCAAUUCAGGCAGGAUGUUAUCCCUCAAAUGAAUCUCCCAAGACCCACCUUUUUCCCCUUGAAUCCUCCUGUUUUACAUGGUGCUUUUAGUGUGGAUGAAAUCCCCAAGACCCGAGGGACAGGAACGUACUUUCCCAUCACGAAUCAUCAGUCGUACAGGGAUAGGUCCUACAUGACAAAAGGAAGAUCACAGGGACAGUUGAAAUCUCCUCGUACCAAUGGCCGAGGUCCAAUACCUUUUGAUAGAAACCCACAAGUACGUUCUCCUGGCCGUCAUGGUGUUGGGAGGCCCAAGUCUUCGGAUUCGCACGAAAAUUCCCCAAUGGGGAAAGUCUACAAAGAAGUUAACGGUUUUUCUCAUAACACUGAGAAGGCCGUUGAAUUUGCAACUUUGCACCCUCCGAUAGAAGAUGUCUUUCGGGAGAAAGAAAGUUGCCAGCUGCUAGAUUCUGUUUCCUCUCCUGGGGGCCAAAAUGGGGAGUCGGUGUUUGUUGCAAAUGACGACAGGCUCUCGAUGAAGUCUUUUCGCCUUAAAGACGAUGAAGACUUUCCGCCUUUGUCUGUUUGAAAGAGACAUAGCAAAAAGCUUGAUCACAUAGCAGAAUACCAAGUAGAAGUUAAGGCAGGAGUUUUAGAGGCAAUUUUGUACAUUAUUUCUCGGUCGUAUUGCGUUAUGUUCAUCGUAGAGCUUCAUAGCCUACAUUCGAGAAGUUAUAUUACUGAAUAGGAACUUAGUUGAAAUUCUAACGUCGUUUUUGGUAAUCCUUAUUGCAUUUGUAGAUAAAUUUUGAAAUGCAAAUCUUGUAGAUUUUUAGAGCAACUUUAUAUAUGAAGAAGGAGUGUUUUUUCGAAUCUGAAAAUUACUGUUAAAUGAGUGUGCAUCUUGCUCAACAACAGGUGCAUAUUAGGUUAUAUAGGGUCGUCAUUAUCAUCAUACUAGUGAGUUCUGCUCUAGCCAGGGUCUGGGCCGGCUAAGUAAGAAGACAAAUUAAUAUUCUCAUCAUUAGGAGGUGGCAAAUUUAGAUUCUCAGAUCGUGUUUUCUCCAAUUUCUUCCCAUUUUUUGAGUUCAGACGUGAAGUUACAUUCUAAUCGAAUAGACUAUAAUUGUUGAGACACUUUUUAUAUCUCGAAAAUAUUAAAUAACAACAAUAAUUGUAUAUUCAUUUUCUUUUAUACGCGAUUUUUAACAUUUUAAUAAG